AGUCUGAACAUUCAUUCAUUGACUGCCUCUAGGCUCUGGUCUUCCCCUUCUCUAAUCCCUAACAAGGAUUUUAAUUGAUUGUUUAAAGAGCAAAUCUGUAAAAAUUCCAUUCCCGGCAAGUACAGACUACUGAGUAGUAAUUACUACAUUCUCGUGCCGUGUAUCCGUUCUUCUGAUUCUAUGCAUUCUUGAUUUCCCUUUCCACCAUUAUCUCUCUGCAUUUUACUCCAUCUUCUCCCAAGCUCAACAACACACUGGAGGACUGCCCAGAGCCUCAAAACUAUAAAUUUUGGCUGAAUUUCAAGAUUCCAAGUGGAUCUGUUAUAUGGGCGGUUCUGUUCUCAAAUCUUAAAAGGGGUUUGCUAAAGUUGUUAAAUUUGGAUAGGAUGACUACAGCUUCUGCUAAAGACAGUGCAACAGGAUCCUAUCCGAGGACAUUAGUGUCCAUUGUGAUUUCAGUUGGGGGCCUUGCUGUGUUCUUAAUUCUUGCUUCAUCGUUUCUUACCUCGGGGCCUAUUGCUUCUGCUGUUCGUGGGCAUUACUAUGGUGUUGAUAACUCAAGAAAGAAUAGUUUAGUCCUCGAGGAUGCUGGAGUGUGUGUUGACCCUCCCAGAAAUGGUACAGGAAUUGAUUCUCAAGCCAAGGAUAGUAAAUUGAGAGAGUUUUCUUCAAAGUCGGUGGAGAAAGAGCCUGUCGAUGAUGGUCAACUUGAUGGAAAGAAGGAUGCAACUCUUCCUUCAUAUCAGUUGAACAAUUCAGAGUGUGAUUUGUACAGUGGGAAAUGGAUUUAUGAUUCAACUGGACCAUUGUACACGAACAACUCCUGCCCAAUCAUAACACAAAUGCAGAAUUGCCAGGGAAAUGGAAGGCCAGACAAAGAUUAUGAGAACUGGCGGUGGAAACCAACUCAAUGUGACCUCCCUCGAUUCAAUCCAAAACAAUUCUUGGAGUUAAUGAGAGGGAAGACUUUAGCUUACGUUGGUGAUUCAGUUGCCCGCAACCAGAUGGAGUCAAUGCUGUGUAUCCUUUGGCAGUAUGAAACUCCAAAAAACCGUGGGAACAAGAAAAUGCAACGCUAUUAUUUCAAAUCAACAUCGACCAUGAUUGUGCGAAUCUGGUCCUCGUGGCUGGUUAAUCAAACAUCUGAGCCGUUUGAUUAUGCUCCAGCAGGAGUGACCAAACUCCACCUUGACGUUCCAGAUGAGGGCUUCAUGGAACAUAUUCCCCAGUUCGACGUUGUUGUGCUCUCCUCUGGUCACUGGUUUGCGAAGCAAUCGGUUUACAUAUUAAACGACGAGAUUGUGGGGGGACAACUUUGGUGGCCAGACAAGUCUAGACCGAUGAAAGUCAACAACAUUGAAGCUUUCGGGAUAUCUGUUGAAACAGCUCUCGCUGCCAUGGUUUCACACCCGAAGUACAGAGGUCUCACCAUCGUGCGUUCCUUUUCGCCCGAUCAUUACGAGGGAGGAGCGUGGAACACGGGAGGAUCGUGCACGGGGAAGGUCAAGCCAGCUGAAGAUAGUGAAUUGGCCGAGAAUGGGUUCACCAACAUAAUGCACGAGAAACAGUUGAGUGGCUUCUCUCGAGCAAUCAAGAAGAAAACGAACAAGUCAGAGCUGAAAUUCAUGGACAUCACACGAGUGUUUGGGUAUCGCCACGAUGGACACCCAGGCCCCUACCGAAGCCUUGACCCAAACAAAAUCACAAAACGAGGACCGGAUGGUAGACCUCCACCGCAGGACUGCCUGCACUGGUGCAUGCCAGGUCCAGUCGAUACAUGGAACGAGAUGGUGUUUGAGACUAUACGGAGAGAAUUCCAAGGACCGCAAACUACUCCCUCAUGAACCACUCUCGCACUGCAAAGAUUCUUUUAAAUUAUGGCUAUUGGCUCGACUCCUUUCUUCUUCAGGCUACAUGAGAAACAAAUAGACAAAACUACAUGGCCAUACCUUGCCAGUUUAUGAACCUUAUCUGCCACGAAUUUGGAAUGCAGCUUGGCUUGUCACAUAAUUAUUGUUGUUUGAUACGCUGAACAGUAGUACAUGAGUAAAGUUCACUUGCAGGGGCUUUUGCAGCAUUUUGUUGCCGUACAACAUUGUGACAUGUUAGUUCUAAAAAUACAAGUCAAGAAUAGAAAGCUGUCUAUUGUUGUUUUCCUCUUAUUUUCAAAGUACAACACCACAUUCUACCACGUUUUAUAAGUUAUUUUACAUUUGACUAUCGAUGAGAAUUCAAGCCAA